UCGGCCCUUAGUUUUGCUUUUAUCUUUUCCUAUUUUCCUGCUCAUCUUCCUAUUGCAACAGGAAGUUGGGUCUUUGCUGCCUUGAAUCGCCCCCUCCCUCCCCUCCGCUCGCAUUUUGGGCCGUAAAGCAACCUAAGCGUCUCGAACGAGUGUUGGCCGUGUUGGAAGCUCCCCAACGGAGAUACGUCACGUCAGCCAACCCCACUAUCUACCUUAUCUUUGCCUCGGAGAGUGAGCGUCGGCCUACAGAAACCCACGAUCAUGGCCGCGCAACUUCCGGCUAGCGGUCUAGGCGGCACGCCCCGGAGAGGCGGCUCCACUGAUGAUUCGGGCGUCUACGACGAUGCCAGAACCUACUACACCACCGAGCACCGCCACGUGAACAGCCGUGCCGGCCCUCGCACGCGGACAUACUCACAGAAUGGCCUGGUCAGGCAGUUUGAGCGGAUGGGUCUACAGGAGCCCUACAGGCGAGGGAGCCACGACGAGUCGACGAUCCCCCACGGGCGCAAAUUCCUUAUCCAGGUCGACCCGACACUACACAGCUUACAGACGCAGGAAGACACGGACGGAAAUAUGCAGAUCACCAUUGAGGACAACGGCCCAAAGGUCUUGACGCUCCGCACGGCAGCAUCCAACGGACACAACCGCUUCGAUAUCCGCGGCACCUACAUGCUCUCCAACCUCCUGCAGGAGCUGUCGCUUGCCAAGGAGUACGGUCGCAAGCAGAUCGUCCUGGACGAAGCGCGGCUAAACGAGAACCCCGUCAACCGGCUGUCGCGAAUGAUCCGUGACCACUUCUGGGAGGGCCUGACGCGGCGGAUCGACGCUUCGAGCAUCGAGAUUGCCGCCCGAGAUCCAAAAGACUGGACAGAUGACCCGAGGCCCCGUAUUUAUAUCCCGCGGGGGGCGCCGGAGCAGUUCGACUACUACACGAAGCUGGCGUUGGAAAAGCCCGAUAUCCGCCUGGAUGUGCAGCUUCUCCCCGAGGUGAUCACGCCCGACGUGGUGCGGGACAUGAACGCUAAACCGGGCCUCCUGGCCGUGGACAUGGAGGAGGUGGUGGACCCCAAGACGGGGGAAAAGACACUGAGGGGCCGCCCGUUUGUCGUGCCCGGAGGCCGCUUCAACGAGCUGUACGGGUGGGACAGCUACAUGGAAUCCCUCGGGCUGCUGAUCAACGACAAGGUUGAUCUCGCCAAGUCAAUGGUGCUCAACUUUUGUUUCUGCAUCAAGCACUACGGGAAAAUCCUCAACGCCACGCGGUCUUACUAUCUGUGCCGAUCACAGCCCCCAUUUUUAACAGACAUGGCGCUUCGAGUGUACGACAAGAUUAAGCACGAGCCGGGUGCCUUGGAUUUCCUCCGUACCGCUAUCCUUGCGGCCAUCAAAGAGUACCACAGCGUGUGGGUGGCCGAGCCCCGCUUAGAUCCGGUUACGGGCCUGUCCAGGUACCGGCCCGAGGGUCGUGGUGUGCCUCCCGAGACUGAGGCAGGCCACUUUGUCCAUAUUCUAGAGCCCUACGUGGAGAAGCACGGCAUCACCUUUGACGAGUUUGUCCACGCCUACAACGAGGGCGACAUCUCGGAGCCCGAACUGGACGACUACUUCAUGCACGACCGCGCCGUGCGCGAAUCUGGACACGAUACGACAUACAGGUUCGAGGGCGUGUGCGCCGACCUCGCGACCAUUGACCUGAACUCGCUUUUGUUCAAGUACGAGUCAGAUAUUGCGCGCACCAUCCGCAAUGUCUUCCACGACAAACUCGUGAUCCCCGCAGAGUACUGCGUCGGCAACCUGAAGCCGGGCCAAGUCGAGACAUCGGCUAUCUGGGACCGCCGGUCGAAGCGCCGAAAGCUGGCGAUGGACAAGUACCUCUGGAACGAGAAGGAGGGCAUGUUCUUCGACUACAACACGGCCACGCGCAAGCAGUGCACUUAUGAGAGCGCCACCACCUUCUGGGCCCUCUGGGCAGGUUCUGCCAGCCCCUCGCAGGCAGCCGCCAUAGUCACAAAGGCGUUGCCCAAGUUUGACGCCUUUGGAGGACUGCUUUCUGGCACUAAGGAAAGCCGCGGCGAGAUUGGCCUCGAGAGACCAAACCGACAGUGGGAUUACCCGUACGGCUGGGCUCCGCAGCAGAUGCUCGCGUGGACCGGCCUGUACAGGUACGGCUUCACCGACGAGGCCGAGCGGCUGGCCUACAAGUGGCUGUUCAUGAUUACCAAGGCCUUUGUCGACUUCAACGGCGUGGUCGUCGAGAAGUACGACGUGACGCGGCCUAUUGAUCCGCACCGCGUGGAUGCUGAGUACGGCAACCAGGGCUUGGACUUUAAAGGUGUUGCCAAAGAAGGGUUCGGGUGGGUCAACGCCAGCUACAUUUACGGUCUGCAAAUUGUCAACGCCCAUAUGCGUCGCGCGCUCGGCACCCUCACCCCAUACGAUACUUUUAUCAAGGCAAUCGACGAAAACCGGGACAAGGCCCUUGCCUCGCUUGAGUGAUUGUUUUCGUUGUCUUUCUCUUUCUCUCGUGGACUUAUCACCCAGUCUCAUAUGAAGGCGUCGACGCUUACCAGAUUGCCGUUGGACCGUGGGGGUUAGACCCUUUGGCGGCUUGUUCAUUCACAUGCACAUGGCAUGACAUGACAUGGACAUCGAGCUGUUGUUUCUAUACUGUUAUACUUUGUUUGCUCAGUAGUGGUAGUGCUGGAGGUUGUCAAAUGAUUUGGCGUGGCUUGCUAUUUGGGUGUGGUUUAUUUUGGAGGUGUUGACGCGACAAAAGAGCGUUUAACGUGGAAAUUGAGAAUUGAGAAUGAUCAUCCCAAGAAGCUAAGCCACCCAGCAAACGGUGGGUCAGCCAUCUGCUUGCCUACCUAGCUAGUUGAUCUGAUAAUAGAGCAACAGGUUGAUAGAGUCUGGCCUGGUUGGACGGGCGGAUAGAGUUG